AUGGUCCGCAUCAACACCCUCCUCAGCGGCCUGGCGCUGCUGGGCGCUGCGGCAGCAUCAGCCGUGGCCGACCUCACGCCGGACAACUUCGACAGCGUGGUGCUGCAGGCCGGCAAGCCGGCGCUGGUCGAGUUCUUCGCACCGUGGUGCGGACACUGCAAGAACCUGGCACCCGUGUACGAGGAGCUCGCAUCCUCGUUCUCGUGGGCCGACAAGAAGGUGUCGAUCGCCAAGGUCGACGCGGACGCGCACCGCGACCUCGGCCAGCGGUUCGGCGUCACCGGCUUCCCGACGCUGAAGUGGUUCGACGGCAAGAGCGAGACGCCUGAGGAUUACAAGGGCGGCCGCGACCUGGAGAGCUUGCAGGCGUUCGUGCAGGAGAAGAGCGGCGUCAAGCCCAAGACCAAGGCGAAGGCGCCGAGCGAGGUGGUGAUGCUGGAUGAUAAGUCGUUUGGCGAGGUCGUGGGAAGCGCUGAGAAGGAUGUGCUCGUGGCGUUCACCGCGCCGUGGUGUGGACACUGCAAGAGCCUCGCCCCCAUCUGGGAGACCCUCGCCCAGGACUUCAAGCUCGAGCCGAACGUCGUCAUCGCCAAGGUCGACGCCGAAGCCCCCAACGCGAAGGCCACCGCCCAGGAGCAGGGCGUGAAGUCAUACCCCACCAUCAAGUUCUUCGCCAAGGGCAACAGCGCGCCGAUCGAGUACGGCGGCGGCCGCUCCGAGGAGGCCUUCAUUUCCUUCCUGAACGAGAAGACCGGCACCCACCGCGCCGUCGGCGGCGGUCUCGACGCGCUCGGCGGCACCAUCGAGGCGCUCAACGAGGUCAUCGAGGAGUUCCAGGGCAAGUGGGAGAAGGGCGCCAAGAAGGCGAAGGAGGUCGCGGCCAAGGCCGACGGCAAGUACAAGGACUACUACGCCAAGGUCUUCGAGAAGCUCGCGGCCAACGAGGGCUACGUCGAGAAGGAGAUUGCUCGCCUCGAGGGCAUGCUGAAGAAGGGCGGUUUGGCGCCUGAGAAGGUGGAUGACCUUACGAGCAGGACCAACAUUCUCAAGCUGUUCGGCAAGAAGGACGAGGAGAAGAGCGAGUUGUAG